AUGCCCCUGCUAGGUUUAGGGGCCAGAGCCCGGCAGGAGCUGCUGAGCGAGCCCCUGAAAACAGGCUCCAGAUGCACCCGGCGCCUCCAGAGAGAGGACUCUGGUUCUGCCGCAGGCUUUGAGGGGAGCUCCCGUGGAGCCCAGGCUGGGGUGUGGAAAGAAGGGGGAGAACAAAGCCCCCCUAACCUAGAGGGACACGCCGACUUCAGCCCCCACUCGCCCGCGCAGACCCUGCCUGACCCCCCGGUGCCCCUCCCCAGGUCAGCAUUUAGGGUGCCGCCCGGGUACCCCUUACCUAUCAGGCUGCAGCAGGCGCCUGGCCUCCUUCCCCACCCCGCCCGUCCGCGGUGCCCCGAGCCUGGAGCCCAGCAUGAGUGGGGCUCCGGCCGCAACGCCGGUGACCGCGGGCUGGACCGGGCUGCGCUGUCCGGUCUGCCGCCCGGGGCAGGGCUGGGGAGGAGGCGCAAGGGGUCGCCGCCACAGCCGGGGCGCCAGGGCCGGCCAGCCCGCCUUACCUGCGCUGCGGCCGCUGCUCUAGCUGCCCGCCCAGUCUCCGCGCACGCCGGCCUCGGACCCGCCGCCCGAGAGCUCAGUGGGACCCCCGCCCGCAGCCGGAGGUUCCCGGCCCGGGAGUGUCCCCAGCCCAACCACUGGGGAGCCCCCGCCGCCGUGGAGGCUCGGAGCGGCAACCGCGGGCGGGAGUGCUCCCGCGGGCCUGGGGCCGGCCGUGGAGAGGAGUCGGCGCCCAUCCGCACAUGCUCCCAGGACGGAGGCUCUGUUGUUACCCUCGUUCUCCAGGUGACAGGCCUCACUGUGAAGUAG